CUCGUGUGUACAUAUGCGACGCAGUAGUGCACCGCCACCGCGGCCUCCGACACAUCUCCAACCAACCUCGUGAGCAUGAGCAACUCUAGCGACGGAGCGGAAAGUGCCCAGUAUGUGUUGGAGAGAAGCGUUGCCAUCGUAUGUUCGUGCGUGUCUGUCCUCUGUUGCGGGUACAUCAUUGUGAGCUAUCGGUCCCAACGUGCACGACGUGAAUUCGUCGACACGGUGUCCCAAUUGGUGCAUGUACUCGCGUGGUUGAACCUACCAAGGCAUGCUGUGCGCAUUGUGGUGGAGGGUUUGAAGUGCUCUGUGCCUGCUUCGACGAUGUUGGACACUCGCGAUACUCGCCCGGUAUCAACUUACUCUGGACAUUAUUCGAAGCACGGCUGCAGCGACAGGAAGGAGUUCUUUGCGCAGGUUCUCAUUGCAGCACUCCAAGCGUCGUUCCUCGCGUCCUUGCUCUGGCAAUGCGUCAUAGUCUACCACGUGCACCUGUGGAUCUUACGCGGCAUGGACCUACGUCGCGUGAGCCAACACUUUCGCAUCUUCCAAAGCGUGUCUGUGUUUUUCGGUGUCGUUUUCAGCCUCGGCCCUUUCGUCAGCCAAUGCCCUGCUUACAAUGACACGACCUUCACGAUCGCAUCGUCCAGAUCGGUUCUCGUCAUGUGUCAUGCCCUUUGGCUCAUCCUCACUCUCGUGCUGCUGAAAAUGGCCGUCGUUGCGGUCCUGUUCCGUCCGAAAAAAACGAAAAACGUUGCGGCAUUCCACCAUCUUGCCCGGGUCCUCAUGGUGUAUUUGGUAUAUUUUGUGCUGUACCGAGCUAUUGACGCGACAAUUUUGGCUCUCGACGCAUUUGACAUGAUAUCACCAUCGUCCCCCGCAGUGCAUGGCGCUCUCUUCGGGCUGCACCACGUCCUGUCCCCUCUGGAAGGAUGUGGUCUGGCUGUCUUGUAUGGAGGUGCUGCUGCCUGCUUUUCCGAUCAAGACGCGUACUUGCUGACAUUCCACCCGUCGUCAUCGCCUUCCAACCACGAAGGUUGUGGCACGUCAACUCUUGAGCAAUGCCGCAGCAUGGGCCACAUGCGUCUCUUUGUCACGGCGUACGAUUUGUGCAAGCUGUACUUUCCCGCGUCGCACCUGCCGCAGUGGCUCCCUCCUGACCACGACCUGUAUGUCGUGGGCCUCCAGAACUGCAUUGAUGUCGACGACGCUAAGCAAGCCAUUGUCCGCCACCUCCAGCGCCUCGCUCCAUUUGCUGACUUUCAAGCGGUGGCGAUCACGCACAGCCGCCGCCUCCUUCCGUCCAUGGAUGGCGCGUCCGUCGUCCAGCUCGUGUUUGCCAAGUCAGCCGACAUUGCGCUUGGCAACGUUGUCGUCGACGAGAUGGCGCUAAAGAGCUCGUCGAGACAAGUGGCCGCCGUCGCGCUGCGCCUCUUCGAUGCGUCGUUGGCUGUCGCUACAUGUGGGCUCAAACCAUUUUCGGACGACCACUCACUGACCCGCAAAGUCCAAGACGCAAUGCACCUCAUGCAAUCGUUUGACGCAUCGCAGGAGUUUCCGCAUCACUGCCAGCAUACAAUCCUCGGGGGCAGUUUCCAUUUUGGUGUGGGGAAAAUCCACCCGCAACACCUUCUUGAUCGCGUCGAAAGUGCUUACUUGGCCCAAAGCCGUGUUGCGAUCCUGGACGCCGCCGCCUUGACGAGUCAUGGAGACGCCAGGGCCUUGACUCCAUCCGCAUCGAGCGUCAUCGACAACUGCGACGACCGCAGUCCGAGCGACGCCAGUUCGGACGAUAUUGACCACGCUGUUGUGGAUGUUUUGGCCGAGGAUGCCGAUGACGAUUGGUUUUGGAAGGAACACUUGCCAUCACCAGCAAACCAGUCACGACACCACACACCGAAAAACUUUUGCGCAGACAUUGUAGACGCCGCCGAAGAGGCCGAAACGGCAUGGACAGAUCUUGCCGAGUGCGACAACUUGCUCCGGUUGAUGGAAGCCAAUGAUAUUUUCUGUGGCUUCAAAGAGCCCCCGAUCACGUUUCUACCAUCGCACCCACGGUCCAUUGGGGUCGCUGCCGCGUACAACCCCAAAGCCGUCGAGGACCUGCCCAACCUCUUUACCUUGACCGACCACGUGGCCCCGAGUUACGUCGAUCGAAUACUGCACCACUCGAUGCCCGGUGUGACGGUAAGCCAGCGUUCCCCUGCCAUUAUUCACUGUCGUCCGUGCCACAUGCUGGUGCUAUAAUCCAACCAGGACCGCUUCACAAACGUGUCGUACGGCAUCUGCGAAGACGUCGUGUCUUCAAACCACAAACCGAUUUGUGGAUCUUACCGACUUGAAGUGAAUCGCCUCGAUGGGUUCACCCACCGGCGGCAUCACCGCCUGUCGUCAUCGUCGCCCCUCGGAGUACGUCGCGUGGACCAUCAUCCCCCUGGUUGUUACAUGCGCAUGGGAUGGGCCAACGAUGGUGUCGCAGAUGCGUCAUCCCGCCAUGGAACCAACGGUUCCCGCGAUGCGGCAAUUCCGCAUUGACCUGCACAACUUGGACGUCAACUUGUGGCAGCCGAGCUCGCAAGUUCGCGUCCCGUCCGUGCAAUCGUACUCGAUGUGCAUGACGACUCGUCGAUCGUUUUGCAAAGAGCCGUGCACGUGUCGUCCGUUGUCGACCCCGGCAAAAGUGUCCCACCGGUUUCAGAUGAUGCACAACGGGACGUUGAUCCCGUUUCCAACGUUUGCCCGACCCAACGACGUCAAGUGCGCGGCCUGCGUCGCGGAUGAAGUCGACUCGGACGACAUGCUCGGAAUUCAUGCCGCGGACCCCAUCAAGAUAUCGAUUAUUUUUCCAAUUCCGGUCAUGGAUGGUCUCAUGCAGCGUCAGGUGCCGCAUCACCCCCCGACAAUGCUUCGACACGACGGAGAACACCCAUCUUUUGCCUGCACUCGCGGAAAUCGCCUGCAUCCGGCACGUCGCCGGCCUCUACCGCCCAAAUCCAGUGCCUUCACGACUGAAGUUGCGUGGACCGAAGCGCAAGCGCGCGGGCUGUCGCACACGGCUGUGUCCCACGUGUCGCCACUCUACCACAUUGUUGUCAAAAUUGACGGCAGUCGAGGAGACGGGGGCCAAGGGGUGCUUGCGAUCUCCGAAGCUGACCUCAGCACGACGAGGCAGUUUGACAUUCCUCUCACGUGGGGAAGCAAGCACGCGGGGUACCUGCAUGUCGACGUGACCGCUACCAUCGUGUCGGACGUGCAGUGGCAACUCAACCGUCCCGACUCGGUGCCACAAGUCGGCCAUGCCAAGUAGCCUUUGCUAGCGUGGGCUCUCUGCCGGGCGAGCAUAUUUAUACUGUUAAUCAAUCCCAUGCUACACUUCUUUUAGGCCAGCUUGUCGUGUGCGGUUGGUCCGGUUGCUCCAGCCAAGUCAACGAGUGUCAAGGCAUCAUCAUGCGCGGCACCGACAUGUGGGCACGACGGCAUGUUCUCGUUCGUUGAGGAAGCUGCAUUGGAGAGAGAUGGAAGUGGCGGCUGUGG